AUGAGCCAUCCGUUACAAGGGUUUUCUUCAUUUUCUAGGCCAGAGUCACAGAAUAACCUCAAACUUUGUCCCAGAGAUGAAAUCGAAAGUCCACCUCACAUACAUGAAAAGAGCAUCUCUAUGGAUUUAUACCAAGACUCGAUUAUUCGGGAGCAGUUUAUUUGGCUCUUGGCUAAGUCAAAGUUUGCUACUUCUGGGCAUGACAGCUUAGAACCUAGGGGACCACAGGUCACCACCCUGGGCAGAACACUUCAGCAGAAAGUGUUUCAACACAGCUUGGGCCGACAUAAACAAUGGCAGCAUUCAAUGGAUGCGUGCUUUUUGAUGGCAGUCAUCCAUCGAGGAUCAGAAAACGGAUUUUCUACAGCUAAGGACUUGAGAGAGGAAUCAUUAAAGGUUCUCAUGACUAGUCCCAAAGUGUUUUCCAGCUCUCUGUGGCUCUGCUGGUGUUCUGGGACCAUUUUGCUGGACACAUUGAAAGCACGCUUCAGCAGUGCAAAGGCACAGUGCUUCCUGAAUUCAGCCCAUGUUCUGGGAUUCAACAAGGAGAACCAAGACUGGAAGACAGUGUUACAGCAGGAUAGAGAGUUGAAUACACCCUCCAGAGAAUACCAGAAGUUUAUAUGUGCUCUCUCAUCUUGCAAACCAGGAUUUGGAGUGGAUCAAUUACGAGAUGACAAUCUAGAAACUUACCGGCAGUCAGAUGGCUCCCAGCCUCAUUUAGUGAACAUCCAAUUCAGAAGAAAAACAACAGUGAAGACAUUAUAUAUUUAUGCAGACUACAAAUCUGAUGAAAGCUAUACUCCAAACAAGAUCUCAGUCAGAGUAGGAAAUAAUUUUCACAAUCUUCAAGAAAUUCCGCAACUUGAAUUGGUGCAACCAAGUGGUUGGAUUCACGUUCCCUUAACUGAUAAUCAUAAGAAGCCAACUCGUACAUUCAUGAUACAGAUUGCUAUUGUAGCCAAUCAUCAGAAUGGAAGAGACACCCACAUGAGACUAAUUAAAAUAUACACACCCUUGGAAGAGAGCUCCACUGGUAAAUUUCCUACAUGUACAACUAUUGAUUUCAUGAUGUAUCGCUCAAUAAGGUGA